GAGGAAACUGGAGUAAAAUCCUGUUUAAUCAGUUAACCAGUUAAAAGUGUUUAACUGCUUAACUGGGAUGCCACCGGUGGGGGGCAGAUCCACCCCGGCUGAGCCGCUAGUUAACCAGUUUCCCAUAAACAUCACCUAUAAGGAUUAUCCUUACCGGUUAGCUGGUUAACCAUUACAUCCCCAAGCUGGAGACGAUCAAAGAUGCUGGGAGAGCGAAGACUGGGGAAGACUUCAGUAAGAGUAGGGUCAAAUGUGAACUGUGUGGAAGAUUUUUCUGAAUGAGAGCUGGAGGCUGUUACUUUCAAGUGGCACUUUUUUCUCCACAUGGGUCCAAAAUAGCCCAGAUUUGGUGACCUUCCUGGCAUGCUGACAAGGUCAUCGGUUUGACAGGGUUUUCGGCAUGGGCUAAGGGAAUGUGUCUUACAGUGAUGCAGAGGUGAAAAGGAGAGGCUGUAGCCAUGUGGCAAAGUUCCUGGCAAAAUGUUUGCUUUAAGGCUGCGGCAAUUUUACUGUACUGUCAAUAAUGCUUGCUAUGGAAUUGUCCAGGUGCCCACCGGACCCUGGUUCUGCCGAAAAUGUGAAUCCCAAGAGCGAGCCGCCAGGGUGAGAUGCGAGUUGUGUCCCCACAAAGACGGAGCCCUGAAACGGACCGACAAUGGAGGCUGGGCCCACGUCGUCUGUGCGCUGUACAUCCCCGAGGUGCAGUUCGCCAACGUGCUGACCAUGGAGCCGAUAGUCCUGCAGUACGUCCCACACGACCGUUUCAGCAAGACUUGCUAUAUCUGCGAAGAGCAGGGCAGGGAGAGCAAAGCCGCCUCCGGGGCCUGCAUGACGUGCAAUCGACAUGGCUGCCGACAAGCCUUCCAUGUCACCUGUGCCCAGAUGGCCGGCCUCUUGUGUGAAGAGGAAGUCCUGGAAGUCGACAAUGUCAAAUAUUGUGGCUACUGCAAGUACCACUUCAACAAAAUGAAGACAGCUCGUCACCCUGGGGGCAGCUCUUUCAUCACUGGGAGAAGAAGCCGGUCUGUGUCACCCACGCAGGAGAAGCCUGUCUUGCACCAUGAGAGGCCAAAGAAGAAUCGGAAGGACAAGGAAAGACCUAAACAGAAGCACAAAAAACGUCCGGAGUCUCCCACCAGCCUCACCCCCUCCUCUGUGCCCGUCCCUGCUGAGAAGGCUUCCACUGCCCACCAUGAGGGUAUCAAAGAGACCUCAGAGGUUAGCAGGUCAGAGGUAAAAGGCAAGAAGUCCUCCAGCCAUGGCACCAGCCACAAGGGGAAAAAGACGGGAAGCGGGAAAAACUCGGCCAGCUUCCCCUCAGCCCCCUCCGGCAGCACUUUCCAACCUGCAGGCACCUCGUGCAGCUCGCUGCAGUGCUCCCAGGAGUUUGUGACAUUCCCCAAGCUCGAGCAGGAGGAAGAGAAGUACCGGAAGCCCGUCUCCUCCACCUCCUCCUCCUCCCACUGCUCCCCGCUGUAUGAAGGGCAGAAAGGGGACGUCUUUGAACAGAAGGUCAUCUUCUCCGGCUUCGGGUCCAUCAUGCGCUUCUCCACCUCGGCGGUGAGCCAGCAGCGGGGCCACGUAGCCUCCCCUGUGGACUACAAGGCCUCGAACCCGGUGAGCGGCCCCUCCGGGGGAGGCGGCGGCCCCAGCCACAAGCGCAUGCCGUCCCUCAGCAUCGAGGACGGGGAGGUGCUGAAGGAGAAGAAGCACAAGGGCAGCAAGAAAAGCAAGCACGGGCCAGGCAGAGGGAAGGGGGGCAAGAACAAGGAGGUGCCGGGAACCCAGCUGGCUGGCUCCACGGUUACCUCCUCCUCUCCCUUCUCCGGGGGCUCCCUCGUCAGCUCCAGCAUCGGCAACUCCUCGCGGUCCUUCAGCCACACCGCGACCCUGCCCAGCCUGAGCCUGGAGUCCCCGCUGCUGGGCUCAGGCAUCUACACCAGUAACAAGGAUCCCAUUUCCCAUGGCGCGGGGGUGCUCCGGGCCGUGUGCAGCACCCCGCUCUCCUCCAGCCUCCUCGCGCACCAGGGCACCUCCUCCCUCCCUCAUCCCCCCCUGCAGGUAUUCUCCUUGGCAGGAUCCACCUUUAGCCUCCCCUCCUCCCACAUUUUCGGAAGCCCCCUGACUUCUGGCCUGUCUAUGAACCCUCUCUUGAACCAGUCUGAAAGCAGCCGGGCAGAGCCCGACCUGGAAGACUGCAGUUUUGGCUGCCGAGGGACCUCCCCGCAGGAAAGUCUGUCCUCCAUAGGGGCUCAGGUGAGGGGGGAGGUGGAGGCAGAUACAGGCUUUCCCACUAUGAGGCAGAGGGGUUCAGCCUGCCACGGAGCCGCUCUCUGGGCCGGGGGAGGAGGCGUGAGAAAGCCGGGUUCUGAGAUUCUCGUGGCGCAUGACGCCACGCCAGAGCCGACCAUUGGCUCUACGGGCUGUCCCUUUGCCCCGCCCUGGCGACGCGGGGCUCCGCCCCUGACGAUCGAUUCCCGUUUUACCCCUGCAGUGUGCAACAGCGACUCCCUGAGCAUCAGCAAGAGCUCGCCCUGCAAGAACAGCUUCGGGAUCGAGAACUCCCUCUCCACCUCCUCCGAGGUACGGCGAUUCUCGGAACCCCAGGCGAGUUCCGUCUGCCCACAAACAGAUCCCAGCACGAGGCGUGUCCGUGGCAAAGGGAACGUGGCCAUCCCGGACCACACACACGCACCCCGUGGGAUCAUUAGCUCUCCAAAGCAGCGAUGGGCAACAGCAGCAGCUGCAUCAGUGUGCGCUCGUUCAGGAGCCUGGCUCGUAGCUCUGCUCGGGGCUGGGAACGGGGUGCAGACAUGCCCCACCAGGAGUGGCAGGCAGCAGGCAACACUCACAUGCCAUCUUCCCUGCAGCGUGCCAGGCCUGAGCCCCCUGACGGAGCAGCAGCGGCAUGUCUUGCAGCAACAUGAACACCAGCAGCAGCAGCUGCAGCAGCUUUUAAUCUCUCCUCAUCUGGGACCCGAACAGCAGGCCUUGGUGUUCCAGAUGAUGCAGCAAAUCCAGCAGAAGAGGGAGCUGCAGCGGCUUCAGAUGACGGGCACCUCCCAGCUGCCCAUGACCAAUCUCCUGACGGCCACCUCCGCGCCCCUCCUCCACUCGAGUGCCACCGCCCUGAUGACCUCCGCCGCCCCACCCCCGCCCAGCGGCAGCUCCCUCCUGGCAUCUAUCUCCCCCCAGCAGCUGAACCCCAGCAACAGCCUGAUGGGGACCCCGACAGCCUCGCCCCUGAGUGCUCCCGGGAACAACCUGAUGGCUGCGGGGGCAGGGGUCCCGCCGGUCCUUUCUGCACAAGCCAACCCCUUCCUCACCCUCCAGGCAGACGGCAGUGCCCAGAAAGGAACGAGCAUGAGUGAAAAGGGGGCUGCUCUCAACCAGGACAAGGGCUAAGCUUCCCCAGCAGGGCAGCGGCCAGCUCCUCGCUGCUACAGGAACGUGGCUUCCCACGCGCGCGGGACUGGAAACUUUAGCGCAAUGAGCACAAGGCUUCUGAGAAGGGCUUCCCGGCCGCGGGAAGUGUCGGGGGGGUGCUUUAGAAGACAACGUCUCUCUGGCCAAGGCCUGGCAUCGGCUGCCCUUCUACGAGGAGCGGUGGGGCAGGGGGAGAUUCCCGCUGGUUGGCUCCUUGGCGCAUUUGCACGACGUGAAGUGAACCGUCUCCCUGCUCAGCGGAGGGAGAGACGUCCCCGGUGCUCUGCCCACGCCGGUGUGUGCAUGUGAGUGUGCGUGUGUGCGGCCUCUUGGACGGGGCCCUAAACCAAGACCCUAAAGCAUCCUCGGCCAGGGCCGAGGUGGACGGGUCGUCUCUCAUUUUCGGCACGGCCCUCGGAGAGCUUGUCGUGCCCUCCUGGGGCUGCCAGAUCUGACUCCGCUAAGACAGUGGGGCACGGGCAGGGCGCAGUCGGGGCGGGGGGGUCUGUUCCCUCCGAUGGGGAGAUGAAGAGGAUAUGAGCUGUGAAAACCCUCCCUCCGACCUACCACUGGGACUUCCCUGCAGCCUGUCACCGUAGGAGACCUCACGGAGAGGUUCUUCCCUCAGUAACCACCACACAUGGCCGCCCCACCGGACCUACACCCACCGCGGGAAGACGUGAGUGGCAGAGCAAUGGAAGGGGACUGGCAUUACGGGUGAUUGCCACCUUCUUACCCCAGCUGCUGGGGGGUAACUCUGCCCUUAAAGACACUACGGGGACCUCCGUGCCAGCUGCAGGGAAGACGCCAGUUGGUCCGCGGGGUGUUGUCUCUUGCACGUGAGACGCAAACUCCUUCCUCUCGGCCUGUCUCUUGUUCUCUCCUCCCAAGAUCUACAGGCCCGGCAUUCCCACUUGGAAAGGGCUCGCCGCUGGCUUGCUUCCUGCCUGCCCCACUGCAGGGCGGGGUGUUCAAACCAGGCUGUCUUCUCUCAGGGCUCAGAGGAGGCAGGUGCACCGGGGCCCAAAAAUCUGGUACUUCUGUUUCCUUCCCCAUGCCCCGGAUGCAAACGGCAGAGAACGUUUUCCCGUGUCGCUGGCAUGAGGUGGCGCAGGAACCAGUCUUCCCAGCCCAGGACAUCUGCCACCUCGCUGCUUCGUGCUGUCUAGUUUUAACUCCACCUUGAGAGCCGGGUCUGUGACAAAGAAACUUAGUUCCUCCAAGGCUGGACAAGGCAGGGUUUUUGGAAGGUCAGGCGGGGGAGUUGCAGGAGGGGGAAUCGGCGUCAAACGUUUGAAUCCCCCCGUCCCGCUCAAAUCGACAUCUCGUGGAGGUAGGGCGUGUGUGGGUCUGGCAAGACUCCCACGACGGAAAACGCGGAGGGUCUUCGAAAUGUUCGCAGACCUUCCCGGAGACAAGUUGUUUUCAGCACAGUCCCACCGCCUCGUCUGGUUUGCACUAUUCAAAUUUGUCAGCGGUGGGGCUGUGCUGAUGCCAGGGGAAAAACUCCUCCCCGUCCGACCCCGUCCACGAAACCCGUUUCCCGUUUGUUCUUUGGUUUCAUUUUAGACAUUGAUGCCCCAGUGGUUGAGCAGAACUAAAAGCAAAGAACGCGCCCCCCUCCCCUUGGUUUCUGUCCGGGGAAUUGGGCAGAACAAUGCUCUCUGUUUCCAAAAACUCCUGGUUUGAAAGCUGUUGUUUAACAACCUCAAGAAGCUCCUGGGAAGAUGGAGACGGCAGCUAGAAAAGUGAAAACGGAAAAUAAAAAGCAGAUUUGCUCCCUUCCCUACGGUCUCUGCAGCAUGGACGCAGGUAGGAGAGACUGGAAAACGUCCAUCGGCCUGCUACACUUUCCAAAUUGGAACACUGGAAUUCCAUUGUAGACUCCCCUGAGUUUGAGUAUUCUUUGUUUGACCCGUCCCCUGCGUUGCACGAUUCUGUGCCUGCACUUUUUCGUGUGUAAUUUUUCCCCCUUUCCCCUGCCACCAGGGGGGCUGCAUCCUGCAAGCCAUCCCCUCGGCGAUCCUUUUCCGCCUGCACAUCAGCUGGUCUGCGCUGAUCUGGCGUGUGCGGACGCAGUUCAAGGGGGCUUGCGGCAGGAUCCUGCCCGUGAAAAACUGCACAUGCAGAAUUACAAUCUCAGAGGCUGUGCUGAAAACCAGCCCCGAAGUACCCUCCUAGCUGCUGUCCUGGGUUUGUCCAGUCCUUUACUGUAGAAUUCCACAACUGGGUUGGCACCUACCCCUGUUAGGUAACAACCACCAUUAACACAGUGUGGGGGGGAGCAUUUAUCUCCCUCCCCCCUAUUUCAUUCCAAUCAGGCUGGCUGUGUCUACAUUGGCCCCCUUUUCCGGAAAAGAGAUGCUAAUG